AUGUCUUCGCCACUUGUGCCUGCCUCCACAGAUUUUUUAUGCCUAUAUAUUGCCCAUCUGGCUAGGUUUUUACUACCACAAUCAGUUUGUAUGUAUCUAAAUUUUGUUGGCCUUCUACAUCUUGAGAUGGGAUAUGCUAAUCCUCUAACCAACAAUUGGACACUAUCCACAGUUUUAAAAGGUAUGAAGCGUAUGCUUGGUGUUCUGGCCAAGCCACGUCUUCCUAUUACCACUGCUCUUCUUUUUGGUAUUCGUUCUCGCCUUAACCUAAAUUGUAGCUUUCAUGCUUCAUUUUGGGCUGUUUGUUUAGUUUCAUUUUUUGGUCUGUUCCGUAAGUCACAUUUAUUGCCAGCAUCUUCUACGAUAUUUAAUCCGCUCAAACAACUAGUUCGGUCUGAUUUUACUUUUCAUGAUGACCAUAUUCUCGUUCUAGUUAGAUGGAGUAAGACCAUCCAACUGGGACAGCGCACAAUUACUGUUCCACUGGUGGCUAUUCCUUCUUCUCCUCUUUGUCCAGUUCGGGCUAUUUUGCAUGCUUUUUCUCUCACUCCAGGUGUUCUGCCUGAUGCUCAAGCCUUUUGUUGGCGCAAAUCCUUGUGCUACCCAACACUAUAUUGA